AUGGAUCAUAAGAGUUGUGUAACAACCGCGGCUAUUUAUGCCUUGUCAACAGAAAUACUCUCCUCAAGGAGAUUCAUCAACUUUCAUGCAUUUGGUGUCACAAACAUCAAAAACCAUAUUCCGCUAAUCCUUGAUCUAGACGAUCACAAUUAUGAUGUGUGGCGUGAGCUCUUCCACACGCACUGUCUUGCCUUUGAUGUCUCUGGACACAUUGAUGGCACAGCUCUUCCUACUGGUGACGAUGAUGCGGCCUGGUUCAAGCGUGAUGGCUUGGUUAAACUCUGGCUCUAUGGAACACUGCAACCAAAACUCUUUCGCAGUUCAUUCAAAACAGGCGGUACGGCAAGAGAUAUUUGGAUUCGUGUUGAGAACCAGUUUCGCAACAACAAAGAAGCAAGGGCGAUUCAACUUGACAACGAGUUGAGGACCACGGAGAUUGGCGACAUGACCAUUCAAGCUUACUGCCAGAAGCUGAGAUCUCUGUCUGAUCUUCUCACAAACGUUGAUGCUCCGGUGACAGACAUAACUCUUGUUAUGUAUCUUCUCAAUGGCCUCAAUGACAAGUUUGAUAACAUCAUCAAUGUGAUCAAACACCGUGAACCCUUUCCAUCUUUUGAGUCUGCGAAAAAUAUGUUGGAGAUGGAAGAGAAGCAUGUCAACAAAAUUUGGAAACCUACUGCUUCAUCAUCUUCUACGUCAUCUACUCUCACUGCUCUCACCAUCGCUGAUGAGAAGCCAGUUUCUACUCCAACAAAGUGACAGAAUCAUGGUUACAACAACAACAACUACAGAGGAAGGCGCAACAACAACAAAGGAAGAGGUCGCGGCAACAACAACCGCUUCAACAAUCAGAACAAUUGGUCACCUUAU